GCCCUGCCUGACGGUUCAGUGUUCCCCCCUCCCCCACCAGCCGUGCUCCUGUUUCACUCAAAGAUGGCGUCGGCUCUAGAACCCCUGGUCUGUGGCUGCAUUUUUUGGCUUGUUGUUGUCUCCGAUUCGCACGGUUUUGGCACCUUCUCCUCGGCGGCUCGGCAAGAAAUCCCGGGUUUGUCGGCUACCGAAGUGUAAUAGGCAUGAAGGUGAUCGGUCGUGACUGCUCCUUGGGUUGAGAUACCUGUUCCGUUGCAGAGGUCAGAAGCCCGGGCUGCUGGAAGAGUAAAGGAGACGACAAGUAAAGAAGAGGAAACGUGGAAGCUUGGUGGAUCUUGUGGAAUGUUAUAAUCUACAGAAAACAUAAUUACUGUAUUGCCCUUCAUCACUGAAACACUAAUUUCAUGUCUUGGAGACCGUGAUCAUCAACUCGCAUUAAGAAUUGGCUAGUUUGCCAGUAACAGGAACCUGACUGAGCAGGUUUGGUUUUCUGUGAAUAGGUGUUUUGGGACAGGCAAAGUGGGAAACACCCACUUUUUUUGAAAACCCUUUUUAUCGUCGAGAUCUACUCUACAUUGUGUGCUGCAGGAGUUUACGUUGCUAAUUUACCUGCUACUUCCUCCACUCCCCCUGCUUCUCGUCAGGGACAGUCACCUGACUGGGAGUGGGAGGUGGGUGGGCUGUAUUUUACUAGGUGUAGAGUUGGCUCAAGGGGUUUGUGCUAUGGUCAGCUGCUCGUUACCGUGCUGCUCCUACUCGGCUUCUGAGGGACUCUCAGUGCGACCCCAGGACAAGGGAUAGUACGCAGGCAGAGGGCAAAGAGAAAGAGGAGGAGGCGGCGCUACGGCGCAGGCCAGGUGUUUCCUUGGCCUACAGUCCCUUUUUUGUGUGUGGUCAAUGCGGUAAGACCCCCGCACCCACCCAGACCGUAGCCAUGGUGAAACUGGCCAACCCAAUGUACACUCAAUGGAUCCUAGAGGCCAUCAAGAAGGUGAAGAAGCAGAAACAGCGACCAUCGGAGGAGCGCAUUUGCAAUGCAGUGUCCAUGGUCCAUUCUCUGGAUCGCAAAACGGUUUUGGAGCAGUUGGAGCUCAGCGUCAAGGAUGGUACCAUCCUAAAGGUCACAAACAAAGGUCUCAACUCCUACAAGGACCCUGAAAACCCAGGGCGUUUGGCUCUGCCCAAGUCCAAAGGUUGUGGCAGCUCUGGAGUAAGUGGAGGAGGAGGUGGUGGUGGCAGCAGCAGCAGCAGCGGUGUUGGUAGUUCUCACUCCCAUUCUGGGAAGAAACCGGGACUUGACUGGAACAAGUUGAUCAAACGAGCACUGGAGGGGCUCCAUGAGCCCGGUGGCUCCGGGUUAAAGAACAUUGAACGCUUUCUCAAGUGCCAGGCUGAUGUGGCGGCCUACUUGUCAAGCAGCGGCUCUAUGGGGUCUGGCCUCUUCCACCAGCAGCUGAGGGUGGCCCUGAAGAGGGCUGUGGCCCAUGGACGCGUGGCCAAGCAGGGUCCACUGUUCCAGCUCAUCAGCCGCAGCAGCUCCCUGGAUGACGGGACCGGGACAGUGUCUCUGGGAUCACUGCCACCAGUCCGGUUGUUGCCCCACGAGAAAGACAAGCCGGUGGCGGAGCCGAUCCCCAUCUGCAGCUUCUGCUUGGGGACCAAGGAGCAGAAUCGCGAUAAGAGGCCGGAGGAGCUCAUCUCCUGCGCCGACUGUGGCAAUAGUGGCCACCCGUCCUGUCUCAAGUUCUCCCCAGAGCUCACAGCGCGAGUCAAGGCUCUGUGGUGGCAGUGCAUCGAAUGCAAGACUUGCAGCAGCUGUCAGGAUCAAGGGAAGAAUGCGGACAACAUGUUGUUCUGUGACUCUUGUGACCGAGGCUUCCACAUGGAGUGCUGUGAUCCUCCCCUCACGCGUAUGCCAAAAGGGUGUGUGAACCUGUGCUUUCACCCUUUCUCUCCAGGCAUGUGGAUUUGUCAAAUCUGCCAACCCAGGAAAAAGGGAAAGAAGCUUUUACAUGAAAAGGCAGCACAAAUCAAACGGCGCUACAGCGCACCGCUGGGGCGGCCCAAGAACAGGCCGGGGCGGCCCUUUAAAAAGCUGGGCAGGCGUGGUCGGCGAAAGCGCUCCGCCUCCGCCCACUCAUCCUCCAGCUCCUCCUGCGAGGGUUACCCUGGUGACGACCGGCUACUUUUUUCGAUGCGGGACGACGACGACCUGUCACAGGGCAGCCUACGCUUCAACAACAAGACCAAGGGCCUCAUCGACGCCCUCACAAAGUUCUUCACGCCGUCGCCUGAGGGCCGGAAGGCACGGCAGGAAGUAGUGGACUAUUCACAACAGUGCCGCAUCCGAAAGAAAGCCAAUCGCAAAGGAGAAGGAGAUGAUAGAGACAAUCAGGAAGGCAGCGACUGGCGGGAUGAAGAUGAGAAACUGCCCGGACACGAGAACCUGACGGAAAAAGACAUCGAGCUGUUCAGACACAUCCAGGAGCUGGCACUGCAGAAAGUCGGGGUGACGGGUCCACCAGAUCCUCAGAUGCGCUGUCCGUCAGUCAUUGAAUUUGGCAAGUUUGAAAUCCAGACGUGGUAUUCAUCUCCAUACCCCCAGGAGUACAGCAGGUUACCCAAGCUCUACUUGUGUGAGUUCUGCCUGCGCUACAUGAAGAGUCGCAGCAUCCUCUACCAGCACAUGAAGAAGUGCAACUGGUUCCACCCCCCUGCUAACGAGAUCUACAGGAAGGAUGAUGUCUCUGUUUAUGAGGUUGAUGGGAAUGUGAGCACAAUCUACUGUCAGAACCUGUGUCUGCUGGCCAAGUUGUUCCUGGACCACAAGACCCUCUACUAUGAUGUCGAGCCCUUCCUUUUCUACGUCCUGACCCAGAACGACAGCAAAGGUUGCCACCUUGUUGGCUACUUCUCCAAGGAGAAGCACUGUCAACAGAAAUACAACGUGUCAUGCAUCAUGAUUCUUCCACAGUACCAGCGGAGGGGCUAUGGACGCUUUCUCAUCGACUUCAGCUACUUAUUGUCCAAGCGCGAGGGCCAGCCCGGAUCUCCAGAGAAGCCUCUGUCCGACCUCGGUCGACUGUCCUACAUGGCCUACUGGCGCAGUGUGGUGCUAGAGUGUCUCCAUGACGUCCGCGAUCGGCAGAUCACCAUACGACAACUAAGCAAGCUGACCGGGAUCUGCCCGCAGGACAUCACCACGUCACUGCACAGUCUCAGCAUGCUGGAUCAGCGAGGAGACAGGCUGGUCCUGGUGCGUCGGGAGAAGCUGGUGUCCAACCACAUGACUCGUCUCAAGGCCCGGCCACGGCAGCUGGAUGUCGACCCCGAGUGUCUCCGCUGGACUCCCGUCAUCGUGACCAACACGGUGGUCUCUGAUGGAGAUGACGACGACGAUGAGGAGGAGGAGGAUGAUGAACCAGAGGAACACAAACACAAGGAGAUCAAACCAAGUCACAAGGUCCCACCAAUGUCCUGGCACAUGCGCCAAGGAAAGAAGAGGGAUGAGGAGGAGGAUGAGGAUGAGGAGGAAGAAGAGGAAAGAAAGUGUUUCCUGGGGUUUCCCAUUAGCCAAAGCUCUCCAACUUCCCCUCCCAUUCGCUGUCCGCUUUCUGUCCCAGAGCCACCACGCCCCCCUCCUCCAACAAAUGGAGAACGCAGACCACGGGGACGCCCACCCAAAAACUGGCCCUGGGGCAAGGUGAAAGACAGCGCACGGGUGGGACGUCCACCUAAGAUCCGCCCAGUGGAGGACGAGGAUGACGAAGACGAGGAGAGAACAGAGGGAGGAAAAACCACAGGCUCUGCCACCAGCCCCCCCUCUCUUUUCUCCCUGGACAGACCAACAGAAUCCACAGCCUUUCACUCACUGGACAUGGCCAGACACCCCUCCAUAACUCCCACACGAAGAGGGCGCCCCCCAAGGAAAAAGAGAGGCCCUAAGCCCAGAUCGAUGGAAGGGCCUGGGGAGGGGCUGGCACAGGUUCCCCUGGUUUCCAGGUUGAAUGAGUCUCUUCUUGUCAGGAAGAGCUGCUUCAGUGAAAGCAGUGAAGAGGAGGAGGAUGACGAAGAAGAUGAUGAUGAUGAUGAGAGGAGGGCAUGCUCCCCACCCAUCCUCACCAAGCCUGCCUUGGGGCUCAAAUGCAAGAAGCCUCUGAGGAAGCGUCGCUUUCGUCAGCGCAGCCACCCUCACAGCAGCGUGGUGACAGAGACGAUCUCUGAAACCACAGAGGUGUUGGAUGAGCCUUUUGUGGACUCUGACUCAGAGAGGCCUAUGCCCAGGCUGGAGGAGGAGACGCCACUGGGCCACCCACUGCACCGCUACCCACCAGCCCGCUCUGUCAUGAGGUUGUCUGACUCGGCACCGAAAAGGGGCCGGCACUCCAACCUCACAGAUUCAGAGGAAGACGAGCUAACAUCUAUGCUGAAGCCUGUGGCCGCUCUGCCAGCAACUCCAUUGGAGACCCUAGCGGCCAACCCUGAGGUUCCAGUCAAGAAGAAGAAAGGCUGGCCCAAGGGAAAGAGCCGCAAACCAUUGCACUGGAAAAAACGAGGUCCUGGAAAGCCACCUGGUGGUGGAGCAGCCGCAGAUAGCCAGGCCCAAAGUGGGGAUCCGCCACCCCCCAAAAUCAAGAUGAAGCCUGGCCGCAAGCCCCGGAGCUGGUACUUGGAGAGGGCCCAGGAGGAGGCAGAGAGGCUAGAGCAGGAAAGACAAAGGCAGUUGGAGCAGCAGCUGGACAAGGAUCCCCAGCUGCUCCAGACAGAUGACCGUAUCAGCAAGCGAGGCUGCAGAACCAACACCGACAGAGACACCAAACAGAAAGACUCUGAUGAAGAAGACUAUCACCCUAAGCCUGUUGAGCAGAAGGUGCCCAAGCGGCCAAGAGGAAGACCGCCCAAGAAUCGCGCCCUCUGCCCGCCACCACAGCCUGCCCCCAAACCAGCCCCCACCUCUGAGCCAGAGGAAGAGGAGGAGGAAGAGGAGGCUGAAAGAUCCUGGGAGGAAGAUAAACCCAGCCGUCCACCCUCCCGUGCCCUGCUGACCCCUUCGUCCUCGUCUUCCACCUUAGGGCCCCGGGCCUCACAGUCCCGGCCUCAGGACGCAGAUAUGGGUGACAGGGAAGAGGACGAUGACGAUGAGGAGAGGGAGGAAGAGGAAUGUGGCAGCACGGGUAGCGGUGGUGGAAGUAUCAACAGGCGAGCAGCUGUUACACCAGGUUCAGGAAGCAGGCGCAGCGAAGACCAUGAUGCAGAUGAUGAAGGUGAUGGACACUUGGAGGACAAGAGCAACGGCAGCAACAACAGCAGUAAGAAAAGAAAAAGCCAGGACUCUGAAGAUGAUGAUGAUGAUGAAGACGAGGAGGAGGAGCCUGCCUCCCUUGCAAGCUCUCCUCCGGUCAAAGAAGAACCCCAAGGCGGAGAGGCUUUUUUAGACAUGGACAACAGCGUGGCGCGAGACUAUGUCAGCAAGCAGGAGGAGGAAGAAGAGGAGGAGGAGGAGGCUGAGGAGGAGGUGCAGGAGGCCAAGUGUCGGCCCUCCUCAGCCGACCCGCAGCAGGAGGAGAGGCGGCGCAGAGAGCAGGAGGAGUCUGCUGCAGCAGCUGCGGCAGUGGAAACUGUUACAGCCAUGUCUGUUCCCUCUGAGCCCAUGGAGCUCCAGUCUCUACACCCGGACGACAAGGACGUCACGCUGUUGAUGGAACCCCAGCACACGCAUCCACACUCCCACCCUCACCAGCACUCCGACUUCAAAGAGGAGCUGGGCCAGCAUCACCCACACCACCCCCAUCACCACUCCAAUGAGCUGGACCUGGAGACGAUGCAGGCCGUCCAGUCCCUGACACAGGGGGAAGCCCAGGAUGAAGAGACUGAACCCCAGCCACACCACGGGGCCUACCAGGACUGCGAGGAGACCCUCGCUGCCUGCCGGACCCUGCAGAGUUACAGCCACACGGGGGAGGCCGAGGACGAGGCCCUGGCCUUGGUGGAGGAGUGUGGGGCCUCCCAACACAGCAGCCCCCUUCCUAACCCCGCAGUGCCGCCCCUACCCAGUCAAUCUGUGCGCUCGGUAAACAGUCCGGGGUUGCCCUCGGGCAUCAUGGACACAACACCGGCAGGGCAGAGGGGAGGGACGCCUGGCCCAACUGGAACAGGGGGAAGCGGUGGAGGAGCUGGAGGGGGGUACACCCAGAUCACGCCGGAACAUCCCAGUUCUCUUUCUGCCCCCUCCCAGCAGAACAUGGAGACGUCGCCAAUGAUGGAUGUACCGUCUGUGCCAGACCACUCGCAGCAGGUGGUGGACAGCGGCUUCAGUGACCUCGGCAGCAUAGAGAGCACGACGGAGAACUACGACAACCCCAGCAGCUACGACUCCACCAUGGGCGGAGGGGGUAAUGGAACAGGGAACGGCGGGGGAAUGUCAGCUGCCGCAGUUUCGGGAGCUACCACAGCUUCCUCAUCGUCGGCCUCCUCUUCUUCAAGCUCGGCCACCCCGUCCUCCCAGUCUAACAGCUGCUCUUUUGUGCCAGCCCCCAGCCUCACAUCCUCCACGGGAACGGGCGGGUCCCAACUAGGGAUGGGCAGCUGUAGCCUCAUCCAGCAAACCGGGCCAGGGCCCAACAGCGGACCAGGUGCCAGUAAUGUAGGCAGUGCUGGACCCCAGCCACCCCCACCCCCGUCUAACACCCCCAAUUGUGGCAUUAAGUCUCCCCAGAGCUGUGGUGUGAUCGAGAGGCCUCCCAGCACCAACCAGCAGCAGUCUCAAAAAAAGGGUCCUCAGCAGCAACAAGCGCCCAACCCUCAGCCUCAACCAUCAGCACCACAGCAGCAGCAGCAGCAGCAGCAGCAACUACAACAACAACAACAACAACAACAACAACAACUGCAACAACAACAGCAGCAGCAGCAGCAGGCCCUGUCCCAGUGUAGCAUGGGCAAUGGCUUCGCCUCCACACCCAUGAUAAUGGAGAUCCCCGAGAGUGGCGGAGGAGGGGGCCGCACCCUGUAUGAACGCAUGGGUCAGGACUUUGGCACGGGGGGCUACCCUCAGCCCUCGGCCACCUUCAGCCUGGCCAAACUCCAACAGCUCACCAACACCAUCAUGGACCCCCAUGCCAUGCCCUACUCUCAUUCAGCCUCUGUCACUUCCUACGCCACCAGCGUUUCUCUCUCCAACCCCGGGCUGGCCCCUUCACCCCACACUACCCUCCCUCAGGGCCAGCCCACUAUGACCCCACCUCCGAACCUCAGCUCUGGCUCCAUGAACCUGGGCUCCCUGCAGCUACAAUGCAACAUGCCCACCACCAACAUCGGUCUGGGACCCCCGCCGCACACACAGCGGCUACAGGGCCAGAUGGCUACAGUCAAAGGCCAUAUUUCCAUCCGGUCCAAAGCCACUCAGCAGCUGGCCCCAGCCCCGCACCAGCAGCAGCUCUAUGGCCGCAGCUCGGGGGCCGUGGCCAUGCAGGGCACGCCGCGCACCUUGGCCGUGCAGCGCGGUAUGAUGCCAAACCUAAUGCCCACGCCAGCACCAUACAAUUCCAUGAACAUGCCCCUCAAUGCCAUGUCAGCCGGUUACAGAAUGCCCCAACCCAUGAUGAACAGUGGUUAUCACGGCAAUCCCCCUUACAUGAAUCAGCCAGCUCAGUACCCCAUGCAGAUGCAGAUGGGCAUGAUGGGAGGGCAGGGUUACCCGCAGCAGCCUAUGCAGCCCAAUCACCACAGUAACAUGAUGUACACUGGCCCCUCCCAUCACAGCUAUGCUGGUGUCCCUAAACAGUCACCUUACAUGAGCAGAUGAGCAGCCAAGAACUGAGAAAGGAGACAUGAGGCAAGAGCUGAUACUCGCUGUACUCUAAAUGUCCAUUACUCCUGUUCACCCUCUCCAGCGCUGCGGCAGGCGCUGCGGCAGAGUAGGUGAUUGGAGACAAAGAGGCUCUUUGGGUUUCCUGUUUUUCUGUGUUCUUUUUUUUUUUGUUGGUGAAAAUUUGACCUCGUUUUCCCCUCCCCACCCAGCUGGUUGUGUACGCGAACAAGUGGGGCUCCGGGUCAGGGGGGGGGGGG